GGUGGAUGCUCAUGAUGAAGUUCUAGAUGCUGAGCAUGAUGAGGCACUAGAGGUCUCUGAAGAUGAGCAACAUUCUGAUAUUCAAGGCGUCUUUGGUGGAGGAGAAGAGGUCAGUGACCACGAUGAGCACGAAUUACAACAUAGCGAAGAUGAGUACCAGCCUUCAUCUGAAGAUGAUGACGAUCAGAUUGAAGUUGGUAAUGUUUUGCAGGGAGCCGCCGACUCUGAAGAACAUGAUAACUCGAGUGCGGGAGAAUCUCAGACUGCUCAGCAAGAUGAAGAACAACUGCGUGACUUUUCAGCAGAUGAUCAUGAGGAGCAAGAAUCAAUAUCAAGUCCUGCUAGUGCUGGUGGAGGUGGUGUACAAGAAGCUGAAGUAGAUCUUCAACAUUCAUCGGCAGAUGAGCAAGAGUCACAGCCUUUGUACGAUGAAAUCCAACAUUCUUCUGAUGAAGAGGAUGUUUCUAACCAAAAAGACGACGUCUCUGAAGAUUCCUUUGUUGAAGAAGAAGUUGUUUUAGGUAGUCAGGACGAGGGAGGUGUGUCUUCUGAGGGAGAAGAUGACGACGGCCUACAACAGGGGAUCACACCUCCAGCUGCGUCUCCUGGCGCGAACGAGAUGGCACGAAACACGCGUGAUAAACACAACAUGUUGUACUAUGGGGAACAAGGACACGGUAGUGCCCCUGGGAUGCGAGCCGUAACAUCAACAAGUGGUACUAGCAGCACGUUUUAUUCGUAUCAGGUUGCAUCUGGUCAUACAAAGAGUAGCGGAUCUAGCAGAUCUCCAGUUGGAGCAGUAAACAAGAAGAAGGAAAGUGCUCAUCCUAGAAGACAGACACAAAGAACACGAGAACAAGCAUCCUCACCGCCUGGCUCGGUUGUUUGGGGGGCAUCUUCUCCCUCGUCCUCCUCUCACGACGACGCAUUAGACAAACACCAUGUGCAGCCACACGUAGCAGCAUCAGCUUUGACUUCAUUUAGAGGUACAGCUCACCUCCAAGAUGACCACCACCAAGUGAGGAAUAGAAAGAAGGUUCUUCUUUCAGCUUUGAACGGGAGAUUAAACCUGAAAUCGCGUAGACAGGGUCAGGAGGGGGAUGGGAACAAUGCUAGCAGGGAAGCUGACGGAACAAGUACAAAUCUCAAUCCGCUUCAACAUCCUCAUCCACAUCAUAGACGACUUGGCGCAACACCUACAAGUACAGGAGUAGACCCACGCUUGGCUUCCAUUAAACAUCCGACUCUCCGAAAAGUAUUAGCGGCCGCACAACGUAGUGAUAAAAUGAGAAGAGCAGGGAUGGAAUAACUAGCAAGAACUACUAAACAUACUAGGACUUCCAAUUAUCAAGAAGUAGGGGUUGUAACGCUAACGGUGAGAAAUUUGGUUGCGUGAAAGGCUUUUCGUUUCCAGAAAUGAG